AUGGCUCGCUACGAUGCCUACGGACGUGUGGUGGGUCAACGGGAGAGCGGAGAGUGGAACGCUGCCCACCUGGAGACCGUGGGCUGCUUGGGACAGGAAACUCCAGAAUGGGAGCAGGUGUCGGGAAGCACCGGAGUCGAGUUUGGACACUCCAUCCCCAGUGGGAACACGUCUGAGGAGCACAUGGCAGGGCUGUGUCUCUGCCAGCGCUGGGCUGUUCCCCUGCCAAGUGUCAAGGCGGUGAAACUGGUGGCCCUGGGGCCGUCGCUGGGACACAACCCAGAGCCCCUCAGGGGUGCCCCCAGCGAGUCUCAGAGUCCCGGUCUGAAGACGGAGGGGGGUCGCUCGGCUGAGCUGGGCAAGCCCCGGGAAAGAAGCUGCAGUCUGCCCGGCGUCAAUUUCAACUAUGGGCUCUACGUCCGGGGCCUGGACGGCGGGGUGCCGGAAGCCAUCGGCCACUGGGAUGUGUUUAAGCAGCAGCCCACCUGCCCCCACGAGCUGACCCGCAACUACGUGGCCAUGAACCGCGGGGCGGUGAAGGCCGGCCUGGUGACCGCCCGCGAGAACUUCCUGUACCGGCAGCUCAACGACAUCCGCAUCAGCGACCAGGACGACCGGCGCCUGAAGAAGGAGCCGCCCUCCCUGCCUCCGAACAUGACAUUCGGGAUCCGGGCACGGCCGUCGACUCCCUUCUUUGACCUGCUGCAGCACCGGUACCAGCAGCUGUGGGUGCAAGAGCAGAAGGCCACGCAGAAGGCCAUCAAGCUGGAGAAAAAGCAGAAGGUGAUCCUGGGGAAGCUGUACGAGACCCGGAGCUGUCAGCUGAGGAAGUACAAGCCGCCCGUGCAGCUGGACGCCCUCUGGCACAUGCCCCUCUUCCAGAAGGUGGGCCCCCGUCUGGAUACCUUCCCCACGGAGGCCGAUCGCCAGAGAGCGCUCACAGCGCACCGGGAGGAGUGUGCCGUGCGCCAGGGGACCCUGCGGAUGGGCAACUACACCCACCCCUGAGUCGCCUCCGGACAACGCAGGAACUAGCACAGGACACCGAAGUUCUCACCUCCUGCACUGCCUCCACCCCCACCCCACCCCUGCCCCGCCCCCUUCCUGCAGCUUCCGCCGCUGCCUGGGCCUCCAUCCUGGUCUCAGCUUAGCUGUUUCCGGUGAGAGACUCCGCCCCAUCUUAGGUUAACAACCCUAAGGUUACCCCAGCCCAGGCCACCCCCUGCAAGCUAGAGCUCCAUUGUGGGGGGUGCCACCACGGCAGGGCCUGCCCCACCUCCUGCGCUGGGCCCUGUCACUCAGGAGUCCUGGACUUGGGGAGGAGAGCGCCCUCCCCUGGCAGUCUAACCCCAGGCCCUCUUCUUGCUGCCUUCCUCACUAUUUUACAUUAAAAAUGCUGUUUGGCAGC